AUGUGCAAAGAUUUUCUUAAAACACUCAAACGACCUAUAUGGAUCGGCAUUCUCACUAUCAUUGCUUUACUAGCAAUCGCGAUAUCACUCCUUGGUUACUUUAUAUAUCAUUCUAAAAAUUAUGAAGUUGCAUCAAUUAGCACAUUAAAUACAACAACUAUGGGUGCCGUUACAAUUUCAAAUGGUAAUGAUAAUGAUAAUAGUCAAUUAACAACUGGUUUUACAACAAAAACAAACUCAACAAAUCAAUUCAAUAACCCAACAACAAGUACAUCAUACGCAGUAAAAGACUCGACGUCAAAUAUACCAAUAUAUACAUUGGUAACUGUCCCGACAAAAACUGUUCAAAGCGUAACAACAACAACACCAGUGAACACAGGUAUGUCAACAACAAUGGGAAUAGGCAGUACACAAGUUACAAAUAUUCCAUCAUCUAUAGAAAUCACUAGCACAAUGAUGGGUACCAGCGUACAAACAUCGACUUCUAAUCAAUCGGUCUUUUCGAAUUUCAACGCAUCGCUAAGUAUCGGACGAUCUAACUUCGGAAGUGUAUUAUUAGCAAAUGGACAAGUUCUUGUCGCUGGAGGUUUUUCUAAUUCCAGUACAGUAACUUCACGGACUGAAGUUUAUACAUCAACCGGAUGGCAAAUUGCAACUCUGAUGAAAGUAGCACGUGGUUAUCAUACUGCUACUGCUUUUGCAAAUAAUAUUAAAAUAUUAGCCGCAGGUGGUGGUGGAACUGUAGCCGGUUUCCAGACUGCCGAAGUAUAUGACUUUGUGCACAAUACAUGGACAUUCACAUCAAAUAAUAUGUCAAGUUCUCGUUUCGCACAUACAGCUACACUACUUGCAAAUGGACAAAUUCUUAUUGCGGGUGGAGCGAAUACUUCAGGUAAAAGUAUAUCUGCAUGUGAGCUUUAUAUUCCAUCUUCAAACUCAUUUAUUAAUACAACUAAUAUGAAUAUCGCUCGAUUUUAUUUCACCAGUACACUUCUUAGUGAUGGAUCCACUGUACUUGUUACAGGAGGUGUUAAUACUAGUAAUUCUGCCAUUUCAUCAGCAGAAUAUUAUAUUAAUGGCUCUUGGAUUCUCUUAUCCAAUAGUAUGACUCAAACUCGCGCUUUGCAUGCUGCUGUACUAUUAAAUGAUGGAACUGUAUUAGUUGUAGGUGGAAGCGCUGGUGCAGGAAGUGCAUAUUUAACUGCUGAUAUUUAUAAUCCAGCAACAAAAAACUUUACAGCUGUUGGAUCAAUGCAAUACCGUCGAGCAGCAUUCACACUUACACUUCUACCAUCAGGUAAAGUAUUAGCAGUUGGUGGUGCUGAUUUGACAACAAGUACGUAUCCACUUGUAUGUGAAUUAUAUGAUCCUGUAACAAGAACGUGGUCAAAUACUACUAUGUUAAAUCAUGGAAGAAGUUAUCAUCAAAGUGUUUUAACAAAUACUUUUGUAUUAACUAUGGGUGGCAACGAUGGAACCAGUUAUAGACUUAGCAGUUCUGAAAUAUACAAUUUCUGA